GUUCGCAUCUUUCUCCACCAUUCCUCGGUGCCCUUCAGCGUCACCCCAGCCUCUCCAACUGCGGCGAUCACGGAAGCAGAAGUGAAGUCUGUGCAGGCAGCAUGGGCCGGUGCGAUCAAGAGUAUCUCCCAGACCUACCUUGAUGGAGGGGACUACGUCGCGGCGGCCACCGAAGCAGCUAGUGCGCUGUAUGGCUAUGGCCACACCAAUGUUCUCUUCAAGCCAACCAAGGCAGCCGAAAAACAGUUUCGACCCGCUGCCGAUGGGAGCAAGACCAAAGUGGAGUACACGUUCGGCUACAAGCGGAACGCUGACGGCAAGCUGCGAAUCUUCCUGCACCACUCGUCAGUGCCUUACAGUCUGCCGCCAGCCACUUCAACUGCAAAGAUCUCCGACGAAGAAGUGAAGAGCGUGCAGGCAGCAUGGGCGAAUGCCAUCAAGAGUAUCUCCAAGACCUACCUGACAGGAGGGGACUACGUCGCAGCAGCCAAGGCACCGUUUCGACCAACUGGUGCAGAUGCCAUGUCCUACUUUGUUGGGCACAAAGCAGUCGAGAAUGGCUAUGUUGAGGAUGCUGGUUUCGCCAUCAACGGUGGGAAAGGGUGGUCUGACUUGGUUUUUGAAAACCACAAGAUUGACAUCGCUGGCGAUGUUGCCAUUGCGAUGGGCACCUACGUCUUCACCAACGCUGCAGGAUGGUCACACGUGGUCUUCCGGAACCGCAAAAAUCGCAGUCAUGACGAUGUUGCCAUUGCCGUAGCCAGCUACUUCUUCACCAGCGCUGCCGAGGAGCAAGGGGGAGCCUGCGAUGACGAGACACGAACCUCUUUCCGUUUCGACCAGCUGCCACAGAACGCCGACGGCAAGGUGCGCAUCUUCUUGAGCCACUCGCAGCGUGGCAAUUGCCAUCAAGCGUAUUUCCCCUCUGUGGCACCUUCUGAUCUAUGCACCUUCGUGCCAUUGGGGUUGUUGACCGGGUGGCUGUAUUGGCCAGCUGGGAGCUCUGACUUUGCAGGUGGCAUCGUGGUGCAAAUCGGCUCAGGUGUGUCUGGAUUCGUUGCUCGUGCAAUCCUUGGCCCACGCAAGCACGUUUCGAAGGACCUCGACCCAGCCAAUGCCCCCUUCGUGAUCUUGGGUGGCUGCCUUCUUGGUUUGGCUGGUUGGGAUUCAUCGGUGGCUCUGCUUUGUCCACCACGAUGGAAGGCGGCUCGUGCAGUGGCAGCCACUUUCGUGGCUGCGGCGUACUCCAUGCUGACGUAA